AUGAAGUUCUCCAUUUUCUCCGCGGCUUCUCUUCUGGCCACCGCUGCCCUGGCAGGACGUGCCUGGGAAGAGCAUCACGGUCUCACCUUUGAUUCAUUCAAGAGCACCUUCAACAAGCUGACCAAAGACGGCUACCGUCCCAUAUAUCUCACUGGCGAUGCUGCACCGAAUGGUGACGCUCGAUACAACGGCAUUUUCAAAACGCACCUCUUCGAUGGGAUAGGCUGGACAGCCCAGUAUGGCUACGAGCCUGGAAAAUUCGGCCAAACCGUCAAAGAUCUGAAGAAUAAAGGAUACUUUCCCAUGCAUGUUCAGGGAUAUAACGUUGGCAAGGACCCAACUGCAGGCCACCAGAGACGGUUCAAUGGCAUUUGGCAUAGACACAUUGACGGGAGGAGAGUCCCUUGGGAAUUGUUGGUGGACGCAACAAAAAACCAGGUGAUGGAGGCUUUCGGCCAGUUUCCACCAAAAGGAUAUCGUCUUGUUAGUGUGAGCGGGUAUGGCCUCGGAUCUGAGCAGCGCUUCACCGCAGCGUUUCAGAAAACCCCUGGUCCGGAAUGGAAGGCGACUAUUGGUAUGGGCAGGGAAGAAUUCCAGAAGAGAACGGAAGAGUUGAGGAAGCAAGGCUUUUUUCCGGCGGAUCUCAGCGUGUAUAACAUCAAAGGGUCAGUGUUCUUUUCUGCCAUCUGGCAGAGGGAGGACGGCAAGUCCGACAAGUCAAUGGCGAAGUUCGGAUUGUCGGCAAAAGAGUUGGCAGAGUGGUUCAGGCAUUGGAAAGAAAAGGGGUACGAGCCAAUGACUGUGUCUGGGUAUCUCGAAAACAGCUCUCUGAAGUAUGCUGCCAUCAUCGGCAAGCCAUAA